UUUUUUGACACAAAAUAUUACCUGUUGUUGCAAUUGGACAUCCCUUCAUCAUGUCUGACCCCGAUUCUUGGCCAGUGAAAGUUUACAUUUACGAUAUCAGUAAAGGAAUGGCCAGGUCGCUUUCGCAGGCUUUUCUAGGGAGGCACAUAGAAGGAGUGUGGCACACGGGGAUAGUGGUUUUUGGAGAAGAGUUUUUUUUCGGUGGCACAGGAGGAAUCGAGGCUUGUUCCCCGGGAGGUACUAUAUUAGGCCAGCCGGACACUGUUUUGGAGUUAGGUCGCACACAGAUACCACGUGAUGUCUUCCUUAGUUACCUUGGUGAUCUGGCACAAUCCUCCUAUAGACCAAGCUGCUAUCAUCUACUGGACCAUAACUGUAACACCUUUAGUUCUGAGGUGGCCCAAUUCUUGACUGGCAAUGAUAUCCCAUCAUACAUCACUGGAUUGCCAGCGGAGGUUCUCAGCACACCUCUAGGUCAGAUGUUGAAGCCUUGGGUAGAUGCUAUGUCUGUGAACCCUAGUGGUGGACAUGCCCUCUUUCCUGCUGGGAACCCUGCCAUGUCUCAAAAUGUCCCACCAAGUAAUACAUUCCUGACUGAGCCCAAUAAUAAACAAGGGUCAAGUCCAGUUUCUAAGACUGCAAGUUCAUCAGGACAACAGCCAAGUUCAGAGGUUCUCUCUGAGGGUCCUAGGGGGGCCACCAGCCAGACACCCCCAACAUCACAAGGGUCAGGGUCUCCUGUAGAUUUUAAUGUGGAGAGCGAUACAGAAACUAGAGAAAUGGAACCUAUCAUAUACAGAGAGGAAAGACCUUCAAAGAAACCCCUUCUAGAUGAUGUGCAUGACAAACUCUCUCCAAAGGAAGUUAGCCUUGUAUCAGAUUUGUAUGACUAUCUAGGAACAAAAUCACCUACCUGGUCUCUGUGUAAAGAGCAUGUCCAGACCAUCCACAAAGUGAUCGGGGAUGGACGCAUGGGUGAUAAAUUGAGGGGAGAGAUAUGUGUGCUUCUACAGGAUCUGGUCUUGAUUGAGGACUUUGUAGAACUAUUACAAAAUGAACCCACGAAGUUAAUGAACAGUGUGUUAUUACAUUAUAAAGAGCUUACUGACAGUGUACAGAUGUCUCUACUUAAGGUGUUAACAAAUUGCUGCAGUCAUCAGAUGGGGCACAGCUUUCUGACAGACAGCGAGGGGGGAGAACAGAGUAACAUUAAACUUCUCUGUCCCGAGGUGUGUGUCUGGGCUCUACUUCAUGACAACCAGGAUAUCUACAGCAAAGCAUCAGCUCUUGUCUACAACCUCAGCAGAUAUCAGUUACCUGAGGAUGCUCAGGUGGAGUGUGGGAGUGCUAUUUUAGAAUGUCUACAGAAAGAUCUCCCAGAAACUACUGCAUACAACCUGAUGAUGAGUCUGUUACAGUUGAUGAGGAGCAAUGAAGAGAUGUGUGAUCUGGCAGGAGUAGUUGGAAUGAACUGUUCAACUCAUCAAAAACUGUCACCAAGGUUACGGAGUCUGUGUGAAGAGGCACAGACAAUGACCGCUUUAUGAUAUUUAUACUAAUAAAAGUCUAUAUAUAGUAACAACAUUCUGUGAUUCCAAGAACUUGAAAGUUAUUUUUAUUUGGAUCAGUAUUGAUACAAGAUUUAAGGUGAUUUCCUACUUAACUUGUUUUUAGUUUAUAUAUUGAGUGAUCAAAAUAUAAAGAGAAAAAAUUUGUGAAAACAUUCAUUUUUCAUUGCAUCACUUGUAUACUAACUUUGUCUGUACUGUGAAUGGUAUUGUACACCAUAUUUAUACUGGACAAAAUGUUUAUAAAAGGAGAUGUGUGUAUACUGAUGAGAGAGAGAUAUUUAAUUUUAUUUAUGGAAGUAUUAAAGUGUUUGUUUUUUACAUUGCUUACAUAUAUAAAGCAACAAUAAAUUGGAGUUUUACAAUU